GAAAUGGACAUUCACAUUUUCAAGCUCAUGAAAACUAGAAGCUUGAUCAACAUCUUCAUCGUCUUCUUCCUUCCAUUUUCAACUUUCUCUGCACAUUCUCAGUUGAUCCCUGAUCUUCCAUUACCUCCUCUUCCAUUAAUACCAGAGCUCUUGAACUUCUUAGACCAGAGACUCGCCAUUGUUUACCCCAUAAUCCAAACCUUCAAGAACACAAUUACAUUAGAUCCGCUAGGCAUAACCAACACAUGGGUCGGCUCCGAUAUCUGCAAGUACAAAGGUUUUUUCUGCGAUAAUCCGCCGGACAAUCUCUCUGCAACCACCGUAGCUUCCAUCGACUUCAAUGGCUUCCAUCUUUCCGCACCGACCCUCGAUGGUUUCAUCGAUCAACUCCCUGAUCUCGCAAUCUUCCACGCAAACUCCAACAACUUCUCCGGGACCAUCUCUUCCAAAAUCUCAAACCUCCCGUACUUAUACGAGCUGGAUUUAAGUAACAACGAUCUCGCCGGCGUGUUUCCGGCGGCAGUUCUUCGCAUGAAAAGUCUGUACUUUUUGGACAUAAGAUUCAACUCCUUCACCGGAACAGUCCCACCGGAGAUCUUCAUGAAAGAUCUUGGAGUUCUCUUCCUUAACAACAACAACUUCAUGCAGAACCUACCGGCGAACAUCGGAGACACGCCGGCGGUUUUCCUCACAUUAGCCAACAAUCAUUUCACGGGUCAAAUCCCGCGGAGCAUCGGCGAUGCUUCGUCGACGUUGACCGAAGUUUUGUUGUUGAAUAACCAGUUGACGGGUUGUCUUCCUUACGAGAUAGGGUUUCUAAAAGAACUCAGACUUUUGGACGCCGGAAACAAUUUGUUGACCGGCCCAUUACCGUGUUCUCUAGGUUGUUUGUGGAAGAUCGAGCAGCUGAACCUCGCCGGAAACUUGCUCUACGGAAGGGUACCGGAGAUAAUAUGCAGGCUUGGGAACUUGAUGAAUUUAUCCUUGUCCGGUAACUAUUUUACCGGAGUCGGUCCUAUUUGCCGGAGGUUAAUAAAAAGUGGGGUUCUUGAUGCGAGGGGAAAUUGUGUUCGUGAUCUUCCUGAUCAGAGACCGGCUGGAGAAUGCUUGAAGUUCUUUUUGCAGCGCAAGGUUUGUCCUCGUCCGACGUCGUUUAGUAUCAUUCCUUGCAGUGGUAAUACUGUAAAUUUACAUGAUUAUAAGAGAGGAGGGUCAGGAAGGAGAUCAGAGUGGGUUACUUAUAAUACUCUAACAAGACAUUUAUAA